AUACUGCAAAUAUUAGUGAUAGGGUUUAUUUAUGUUGUAGAAAUAUUCAAUUAUUUUACUUGAUAAUUGUGCAUGAUCGAAUCAAAAUAAAACACUGCCCACCCAAUCUUUCAAGUUUCAUUUCUGUAGGACGUCACUCGUAUUUAUGACUUAAUUCGUUACAGUAUCAUUCAGGGAUAGUUUAAAAUCGAAUCAGUGCAAUUCACUUUCACGUUUUAAUAUGAGUGCGUCAUACUUUGAUAUCACCCUUAUCUGCCGAGAAACAUUUUCUCCAUGAGAAAUUGUUAGGUGUUGUACAUUUUGUAAUGACCUUGACCUCAGUAAACAUGGGGAAAACGAAUUUGGCAACAGGUGGUCGACCAUUUUAGAAAUUCAGAUAACCCAUUUAUCAUGUGAAUGAAAGUUCAUUAACCAGAAUGUGUGAAUGUAUGGAUGGAUGUUACAUACUAGCAAAUACAAAAAUAUUCACGAUCUAUAAGGGUUUGCAACAUUAGUGUAUAGGUCUUCAUAAAUGCCGAAGCCAUGAAAUAUUCUUAAUAAGUGAGAUGAACACUAAUACUGUGUGAUAAUAAUCACAUGCGAAAAAGAAAAUGGUUAUAACUGGCUCUUUUGCUUUUGAUUAACCUCAAGUCAAACUUGACUAGACAAGAAGAGCAAAUAAGUUGGCCCCAGAUGUUUGAGAAGGGGUAAACAAACGAUCAUCGACAUCUUCUACGGUUUAUGCUGCCAAAAGUUGAGUCAACCAAGUCUGAUGCCUGCUUGGAAGCAGAAUGGGAAUCCUUUGAGAAGAUGAUCAGCGGAACUGGAUCACCUGACGCACAGGCUCCACCACCUUUACCUGUUGGUCCUCCUGAAUUGUCGGUUUCAUCUGAACAAUCAUACUUUUCUAAUAUGUCUGAACCUCCUACACUUUCGAACAUUAAGGACCAAACUCAGUUUUUCAAUCAUGCUGACCCACCCACGUUAACUAAUUCCACCGAACCAAUGACCAUUUCUGAUGAUGAAAGUACUUCUACUGUUACAAGUCCUCAGAAUCCUCUCAAGCUGACAGACAUCAUACUGCCUUCUCAGUAUGAUGAUGAGAUGCCUGUACUCACCAAGAUAACUGGAUCACCAUUGUCAUCAGAACAUUCCAGGUCAAGGUCCUCCUCCUCAAGUUCAAGGUCCUCCUCAGCUGACUCAGUGAGAAGCGAAGAGAGGAAAAAGUCACUUUCACCAGUGUCAUCAAAAAGAGAGUCAUCACCCAGGAAAGACUCUUCCAAUUCUAAGAGAAAGGAUGAGAAGCGAGAUAAGCGGUCAAGAUCAAGGUCACCUCAUCGGUCAAGAUCAAGAUCACCACAUCGCAGGAGGCGUCGUUCCUCGGACAGGAAGAGGUCAAGGUCAAAAUCAAGAGGAAGGCGAAGGUCCUCUGAGAGAAAACAAAGGUCAAGGUCUCAUGGGAAGAGGAGCCACCAUGGUUCAUCAAGAUCACAUCGAAGACGCCGCAGCGGCUCUCGCACCAAACGCAGGCAGUCUCGUGAGAAGCGUUCCUCACGAGAUACCCGUAGACGUUCAAGUGAUCGCAGUCACAGGCGAGAUAGACGAGAUCACAGUAAGGAAAGACGUAGGAGAAGCCGAAGCAAUGAACGAAGGCGCAGUAGAUCUCGAAGCCCUACACGUGGCAAGAAAUGCAUCACAAGGGCUGUUGGGUCAAAGCCACUGACGUUCAAAGAACAGAUGAGGCAACAGUUGUUGAAGGCCAGCAAGAUGCUGUCAGAGCAGGCAGAUGGAUCUGAACCAAAAGGUAUGGAGUUGCCAAUUGACACACAGAACAACAUGCCCUUAAGUGCGUCCAGCGUGUUUGCUUCAGUCAGUGCCGGGGGCAACGUCACGCCACAAAUGGCUCUCCUGCAAACCAUGGCUGCAAUGCAUCAAAAAGCCCAAGAGAUGACGGGUGUGGCUGUGCCCAGGUUCUAUAACCCUGCUGCAGUCAACCCUCUCAAGUACGCGGAGCAGGUGCAGAAGAGGAAACUACUCUGGGGCAAGAAUAAGGAGAAGAAAGAGGAUGAAGGUCAAGGUCAGUGGCAGGGGACAGCCUUUGUGUCUGACAAUGAUGGCAAGAUGGCUGCCAAGUUCCGUAAGCUCAUGGGGAUGAAGGAAGGAGCAGAUAAGGAUUCAGAUGAAGAGAAAAAUGAGGAACAGAAGAAGAAAACUGAAGAAAUGUUUUACAGACUUGAUAAGGAAUAUGAAUUUGCCCGGAUGACCACGCAUACACAUCGAGGUAUUGGUCUUGGGUUCCAGUCACAGGGAUUGCCAAAUCCAUGAUCAGGUCAUCCACUGACCCAGAUGUAUAUAACAGGCCAUAUGAAGGAGACCUGAUCUCCUGGAAGUGGUUGAGAAAAGUGUCUGCAUAAAUCUGCAUGUGUUUGCCAAAUUGUUUGUAGCAGCAUAAUUUAAGCACUGGCAGCUGGUGAUAAUUACUAUUUAUUGUGUUGUUGCAUUGACAAUUGGUCCUUUGUGAUAGGGUUGAGUGGGUUGUAAAUAUUGUAACAUUGGUGCUUUGUCUAUUCUAAGAAUUGAAGCAGCAUUGUUCAAGCUAUCGUCAGGAUAAAGAAUUGCAAUGCCUUGAAUUGAUUAUGCAAUUUCUGUGAAGUUGAUUCCGUCUCGGCACUUGCGUUUUUGAUUUUUGUCUUAUUUCCGCAAUAAGUAGAUGAGCCAAUCCAUGCUGCCACUACUAACUAGUUUUUUUUAAUAUAUGUUUUGAUAAUCAGAAUGUGUUUGUUCCAACAAACUAGCCAUCUUAUUCAUGGUUUUCCAAUGUUCUUUGGUAAGUAAUGUUGGGGUCUGACCAUGAUGUUGAUGUGUAUGGUAUACAAUACACAUCAGCAGAAGAAGAAAGAGAAGACAGUUUGAGUAUUAAGUCCUGUGGCUGUGACAUAAGGCAUGUUUUGAAACAAGAUUGCUAUUUAGUGCUACAUUCUAUUCAGAGGAAUAAUGAACACUCACAGAAAAGACACAAGUUGUUUUGAAAUCCAGAGUUUCAUCCUUGUUUGAUGGUGAUGUCGAACUGUUGUAUCACUUGUUCUGUGAUUAAUAAGUUGACUUUAGUUAGUAGACCGCAGUACAGUUACUGAGUUAAUCCAGUGUGUGUGUGUGUACAUACUAAGUACUAGAUCUAAUUCUGGAGUUGAGUGUAGUACGCAUCGAUAUAUUGUAGUAUGUAUAUAUUUGUUACGCUGUAUGCCUGAGUGAGUGAUGUAUGUUCAAAAGUACAUUUUGUAAAAGCAUUAAUUUUGUGUACAUUUUGUAUUAUAUACAAUUCCUAACAUUGAGACAUCCGGUUUGGACUGAAUAAAGAAACUAAAGAAUA